GUGGUUUGAAAACCGACUUUUGUUAUAUACGCAGAGAGUGACUCCCAAUACAAUUUGUUUUAUACGCGUUCUUGACAUUUUCCCUUCCUAGGCACGUUCUCCACGCCGAAUAUAAUAUAUAGUCCAACUUUGGGACCUAUCCGAGCUUUCCACAUUGCAAGACCGUGUCAUCUUGUUUUCAAUAUGUCCCUCGCAUUAUCACUCUCAAGCGAAUUAUCAGACAUACCGACGAGCGACGUAUCUUCCGUACCAUCUUCGCCUAUCGAAUCUCUUCCAUCGUUACCAACAACUCCACAAGCCCGUCGAACUUCUCCUACGCGAUCUCCGACCCCAUAUCGGAAGUUUAAACAGUACCGGUAUGUGGGAAAGCAGAAUGAUGGCGGUCAGUUCAAUAAGGUGCGCGAAACAUUGGUACUUUGGCGCAGGCUCCGCAUCAAUUUCAAGAGUUUUCUUCGGCUUUGGUUGCUAUCUAAGAAGUCCCACGGCAACUUGAGCAGAGAUAUAAGGACUGAGCAGUUCCGCGAGGUCUUUGCAGAGCAGGACGUACGCUGUAUUCUCGGCGAGAUGCCCUCUAGUUCCUAUGAUUGGAAACAGAUCUUCACCGAACUUGAGGGGCUAUCAGACCAUAGAUAUUUCAAUACAUUUAUGUCUGAAAAUGCCCAUGAGUGGUGUAUUGAUCUAGAUGAGGUUCGAGGCAUUAUCCAGGAACAGGCACCAGAAUGGUUCAAGUUCCUAGACCUACUGCUUCGAAACCGUCGGAGUACAGAACCCUUAGUACGAGAGCAACUACCGAAAGGCAUCAUUGGGCAGAUGUAUAUGAUAACCGCGGUGGUAUGUCGUAGUCGGCAGCGCAAGACCUCAAACGCGUUCGCAAAGCAUCUUGGGCUUUACCUACUCUCUAGUGGGACCAAACGCAGAGUUAUUGAAACGUUUGCAGGUAUGGGACUCUGUGAUACAUACCAUCAUAUCAAUCUUGAAACAUCAGGUAUGGCGGAACACGCGAAGAAACAUCUCCCCCGCCUGGCUAGGGAUCCGCAGACAGUCAUUGUUUAUGACAAUUUCAAUUUCAAAGAUACCGUACGAGAGCAAGUUGUCGGCUCGAACCAUGUUAUGCGAAACAUGACAACAUGACUGUUGGUAAAGAAUCCACAUCUACCGCGUAGAGGCCGGUUAAGAUCACAGUUCAGACCUGAUAACCAACUCCGUCUUGAGGACAUAUGCAAUGCGCCUGGGCUUGAUCGUGGCAGGAUUAGCACUCAGAUGCAUACCUUCUUGGUCUAUGAGGCCAUUAGACACGUACACCAAGAAAAGGUCGAUGCGGCGUUCAAGAAAGAUCUAUCUUUGGUUCCCUGCUACCCGGAAAUUAAGCGAUUACAGGCGAAGGGAUAUGCCACCGAACUCCACCAUCUCCAGGCUGCUCCAUUUGACGAAGGAACAAUUGACGGAACAUAUCAAGUUCAUACUAAUAUAUGGCUUGACCGGCUCCGCUUCAAAAGCAAUCCUCCAAG